GAGGGGCAAAGGCACAUCUGGUGUGAGUGGGGGCUUCUCUACGAACUCGGGUUCCAUGCCAGGAUUUCUGUCUCUUCCUCACUUCAGGGACAGCAUUAUCACACCUACGAGUUGGCCAAAAAUAGUGAGCCAGAGAAGGAGGAAGAAGAGGAAUUCCAGUCAGCUCUUGCUGUGCACCCUGUUUCCGAUGUGACCUUGAUGUACCGGCUGCACAAGCACUUCAGCAAGAUCCAAUUGGACAAAGCCUACCAGGAGAUCCAGGACCUCCAGAUGCAGAUCAGGAACCUGACGUCCUUGACCCCUGCAGGUGAGGCAGGCUUGACGUGGCCUGUGGGCAUUAACGCCCCGUUUCUCCCAAAGUCACGUUUUGAGGUAAUUAGCUGGGACUACUUCACUGAGCAGCAUCUCUUCUCCUGUCCCGACGGCUCCCCCAAGUGUGAGCUCUCUGGAGCCAGCAAAGCAGACGUCAGUGAAAUCAUUGAGUCUGCACUUGAGCAGCUUAACAGCCGCUACCAGCCGCUGCUCCGCUUCAGCAAGCGGCAGCUGCUCAACGGCUACCGGCGCUUCGACCCCACGCGGGGCAUGGAGUACACGCUGGACCUGCUGCUGGAGGCGGUCACCCAGAAGGGCCACAGUCACACCCUGGCCAAACGAGUGAGCUUGGUGCGGCCCUUAAGUAAGGUGGAGAUUAUUCCCAUGCCAUAUGUGACUGAGGCCACACGGGUGCAACUGGUGCUUCCCUUGACAGUGCAGGAUCUGGACUAUGUGGCAAACUUCCUGGAUAUGUUUGCUAUGAACACACUGGACACGCACGAUAAUGCCUUGCUGACUUUGCUUUUCAUCUACCAUCCCUAUGAUGCCCAGCGAGUGAGUCAGGUUGAUGUUUUUGCUGGAGUCAAAGCCAUGGUAGGAGAGCUGGAGAAGCGCUACGCAGAAGUUAAAAUCCCUUGGAUUAGCGUUAAAACUGAGGUGCCGUCGCAAGUGAAACUCAUGGAUAUAGUCUCAAAGAAGCACCCUGUGGAUACGCUGUUCUUCUUUGCCAGUGUCUGGACAGAAAUCAACAUGGAGUUUCUGAACCUCUGCCGCAUGAACACCAUCAGCAACUGGCAGGUCUUUUUCCCAGUGCAUUUCCAAGAGUUCAACCCUGCCCUGGUGUACCGUGGUGAGCAGACGGCUUCCUCUGGCACUGACUUCCUGAGGGAUGGGCAUUUUGACAGACAUUCCUUCGCUGAGGCUUGCUUUUACAACUCUGACUAUAUGACAGCACGGACCAAGCUAGCAGCUGACAUCCUAGACCGAGACGAGGUGCUGGAGAGCAUGGAGGUGUUUGAUGUCUUCCUGCACUACUCCGGUCUUCACCUCUUCAGGGCUGUGGAGCCAGGGCUGGUGCAGAAGUACACACUGAGGAGCUGCAACCCCCGGCUGAGCGAGGAGCUGUACCACCGCUGCGUGCUCAGUAACCUGGAAGGCCUCGCAUCCCGCUCGCAUUUAGCCAUGGCCCUCUUUGAGCAGGAGCAGGCCAACAGCACUUGAGAGACUAGAAACAUGGGGAGCUUCUCAGCACCUUAACACUUGGCACUUUCCUUCCCCUUCCCAGCCUCGCCUGGGGUGGAGGGCAUGUGAGGUCAAGGGAGGAGGAGGACUUUCCCAGCCCUGCUCUGAGGCACGGGCUAUGGAGAGAGCCUGUUUGUGUUGGUUUUUUUUUUUUUGUUUUGUUUGUUUGUUUUUUAAAUAAAUAAAAGUUCCUUUCCA